AUGAUCCGCAAGCUCGGAGACGAUCUCCUGGUAGAGAUUCUGAUUCGCCUCCCGAACCCUAGAUCCGCCUUCAACUGCAAAUUGGUCUGCAGGCGUUGGAGUUCCCUAAUCUCCCAUCACUCCUUCAAUCGCAGGUUCAUUUCCCACCAACAAGGGAGCAUGAAGGAACCGCGACCUCUGCUUAUCCACUCCAACGACGCGAGCGACCUGACGAGCUUUAUGCCGCCCAUGCCGAUUACAGCUCGACUCGGUUUCCGAGUCUUGGAUUGCUUCAAGGACCUGCUCUUGUGCGGGUAUGGGGAUUUUGAUAACGAUAACCAUGAACUUGGCAGGACGUACGUGGUCUGCAAUCAGUUUACGAAGCAGUGGAUGGCGCUCCCCGUAGCGCCUGCAAAAGAAGAGGGUUAUGAAGCGCCGGUUUCAAGGUUAGUUUGUGAACCCUGCAUUUCUAGUAAUCUUGAUCUAGGAGAUGGCGAACCGGCAUAUGUUUACUCCGAGUAUCGGUUUCGAGUGGUGUGUAUCUAUCAACAUAAGACCUCUAUCAAAUUGGACGUGUUUUGCUCGGAGUCUGGGAAAUGGACUAACAAGGCUCGUGCUUUUCAUGGCUGCCGCAAACUCCCAGACCAUAAUGUGAUUUCGUUGAACGGGGAGUUGCUUUGGUUUUAUGCAGAUGCCUACUUUGGUACUACUCUUGUUGCCCUGAAUAUUUUCCCCCUCGAUCUAACUCCCACUUAUAUUGGUGAGUUCUAUGACAAGCCGAGGGGAGAUAUCUCGGUCUCACAAGGCGCUCUGCACAUAAUUGCACUAGAAGGGGCGACUAUACCUACUCGUGUGAGCAUUUGGAGACUGGAAGAAGGCCGUGAAUCUUGGAAGAAACAAUGUGAAGGGCUUGUGGAGACUCCGGGUUGUAACUAUGAGCCCGAGCACUUGAGAGUCCUCGACCUUGCAUCCGGAGAAGCCAGAAAUUGUCUUCUUUGA